AUGGGUUCUAAAGGGAGGUUAAUUUUUGAUCUUAAUGAACCCCCUGCCGAGGAUGAUGAGGAAACUAGCAGCAUCCUCUUGCAACCAAAGAAGGCACUUCUUGCUACAACUCAACAGACUUCUGAUUUGUUACAUUCAUCGGUACGUGCAGAAGCAGUAAAGAAUAACCGUGCUUUCUCACAUGCAUCAUCUCUCUCAGGUUUUCAGUCAUUUACGCGCUCAAAGGUUACCCAUGACCCUGAGGUGGGUCUUGUACGGAAUAUAGGACAGGAUCAGAGUUCUAAGUUUGAGCAUGCACUGGAUUCAAGUAAUGGUUAUUACAAUAAAACAGAUCCUCAGUUAACUUCUGGUUAUACAGUUGUUAAACCAGCAGAGAGAGAAGAAGGUGAGUGGUCUGAUGCUGAGGGUUCUGCUGAUGAAUGUACAGGAAGUGGGAGCCUGCAAGCUCAUGAUCUGGUGAAAUCCAAACUAGUAGCAUGUACUGCUUCUGGCAAUGGUAAAAAUUCCAUUAUAGAUACAGCUAUUGAUGAAACAAAGUCAGAGAGCAGUGUUGAUCAUUCAUCCCUAGAGCUGAAUCAAGGUUUGUCUGAUCAGAAAGGUGGGAGUGCUCAAAAUUUAGACACCAGCAACAAUCUUGAUGUAACAGAUGGUCUAGAAGAUAGAGGGACAGUUCCAAAACAAGAGAAGCAAAGGGUCCUGAAGCGAGUCAUGCACUUAGGCUUGCAAAUCAGCCAGUAA